UACCACAACACGUGGCUCAACGCCGCCGUUGACAGGCAAGUUCGGUAGCGAUAGUAUAAUAACUGUACGUGUCUUUGUGAUUUUGAAAUUUAAAGUUAUAACUUUGCUGUUUGUUUCGGACGAACGUUCCUUGUUGAUUGCUGAAUUUUUAUAACGAUGAGUUAAUUAUGAAUAUAAGAUUUUAUAACUGAUCGUAGUUAUUUUCUUAAUUCUUAAUUUCGAAAGGAUAACUUAUUUGCACAUUAUACCUUUCACAAACGCCAUUUCAGCCACAAGUCAUCUCAUUUUGUACGAAUACCUAGUAUAUUUGAUACACGUCGUGUAAGUAUAUAGAUAAUGAACGGGUUUUUUAUUAAAAUUAUUUUAUAAGUUGUUACUGUUUUCAAAACUUUUGUUAAAUAUUAUAAUUAAAAAUUCUAGGACCGACUAUGGCAUAAGUAUUUUAUUUAUAAAAACUAUUUCACGGUAAUAUUAUUGUAUACCGUAGUUACUUUUUUGAUAAUUUAACGCGUUAAUAAAUUAACGCAUUAAUUAACACGCAAUUUUUUUCUUAGCAAUUAUACUUUAGCAGUUAAUGUAUUUUAGUCGUUUCGAACAACUCUAGUUACGAGUCGAGUACCUACUAUUAUUCUAUGUUAUAAUCUGUGUCUGUGGGUCUAUGGUUUUGGUGUGAAAUGAAAGUAAAGUAAGUGGUGAUAUUGUUCUGUGGAAUCGGAGCUGUGUUGUUAUUUUAGUAGUUUUUUAUGACGAUAAAAUUAUAAUCAAAAUAUUAUCAUGACCUUAUUUAAACUAAAAGCGGCUCCAAUAAUAUUAAUCGAAGACAAUGAAAAUACAAAUAGUAUACCUUUAAUUCAAGAAUUAUUCAUUCAAGAAAAAUCUAAAUUGCAUAUAUUUUGUUACGAACAGUCUAUUUCUCUGUGGGAAAAUGUAUUCCGAAGUCAUCCUCAUACAAUAUAUCAUGAAGAACUGAAUGCAAAUUUUCUGGAGAAGCACACUAAUGAAAAUAUUACAAUAUUUAUUGAUUCAGUUAACCAAAUGUCAGUUCACAGUGGUUGGAAUAAUUGUUUUAAAAUUAUCCAAAAGCUUUUAACUAUCUCUAAUGUAAAUAAGCUUGUAUUAACAUUGCAUACAGACUGUUUACACUUAAGCUCAAAACUAAGGAUCAAUUUAAAUCAUAUAGCAAGUGCAAUCGUUUCAUUCGAUACAACAGAUUCUUCUAAACUGCAUAUAAUUUUAAAAAAGAAUGGUAAGGUUGUAAAGCAUUAUGAAAUGUUGACUUAUGAUACUAAAAUCAAAACUCUGAAACUUAUCCCAAUAGUAAAAGAGGAAAAAGAGGAAGUGCAAACAGAAAGGAUAGCACCAGAAAAAUUAACUACAUUUAAGAUAGAAGUAGACCAAACAGAUAAACUUGAGAAAUACAAGCUCAAACUUCCUUAUAUGAGUAAAAUAAAUGAGGGAGAGAGUAAAAUUUUCUAUGAACCAGAUGCUGUUGAUGAUUGGGAUGAAGAGGAUCCUGAUGAAGAUCUAGACCUUUAGUUAAUAAAAUAUUUCAAACUACAUUCCUUGUCAUUUUAUUUUCUUUUUGUCUUAUUUUAUUUCUGUCCAAGCUACUUCUACUUCAAUUUCACUGUAACAACUUAUUUAUCAAGUAGCAAUAUGUCUAUAGUUUAUUCAGUCCAGCUAAUGUGUGAUGUUCCAAUAAGAUAGCCAUCCUGUUUCACAUGUACUAGAGUACCUGUAGUCAAUUUAUUUGUGUCUAGACAACACUCGAUGUUUUAACAUUAAAUUAUUUAAAAAGGAAAAAUUUAUUUAAUAUGUGUCAUUCAGUUGUAAGCCUGACAGCUCCUCUAUUUCAAUCCAUCUAUGCAAAGCUUAUGCCCCA